GUGACUCUGGAAAAAGCAAUAUGGCUACGGUGUGCGCCGCUUCCCGUUUACUCGGGAAAAGGGUUCUGUCAUCGAAAACUCUGCCAGUAGUUUGUCAAGCAAGCUCCAGAACGCUUCACUUCUCAGUCUAUGGGAAAAGGGGUGAUGCCAAAGUCUCUGAUGAGAUCUCCACGCAGUACCCAGUGGUGGACCAUGACUUUGAUGCAGUUGUGGUGGGUGCAGGCGGCGCAGGACUGAGGGCUGCGUUCGGUCUGUCAGAGGCCGGUUUCAACACGGCCUGUGUCACCAAACUGUUCCCCACCAGAUCUCACACCGUGGCUGCUCAGGGUGGGAUCAAUGCAGCCUUGGGAAACAUGGAGGACGACAACUGGCGCUGGCACUUUUAUGACACAGUGAAGGGAUCUGAUUGGUUGGGAGACCAGGAUGCCAUCCACUAUAUGACAGAGCAGGCUCCUGCCGCAGUGGUGGAGCUGGAGAACUUUGGCAUGCCCUUCAGUCGUACGGAGGAUGGAAAGAUCUACCAGCGUGCGUUUGGAGGCCAGAGCCUGAAGUUUGGUAAAGGGGGCCAGGCUCAUCGCUGCUGCUGUGUGGCUGACAGAACUGGACACUCCCUCCUGCACACGCUCUAUGGAAGGUCUCUGCGGUAUGACACCAGUUACUUUGUGGAGUACUUUGCCCUGGACCUGCUGAUGGAGGAUGGAGAAUGUCGGGGAGUGAUCGCACUCUGCAUGGAGGAUGGUUCCAUUCAUCGUUUCAGAGCCAAGAACACUGUCAUUGCCACUGGCGGUUAUGGCCGUGCCUACUUCAGCUGCACAUCAGCUCACACCAGCACAGGAGACGGUAACGCCAUGGUAACCCGCGCCGGCCUGCCCUGCCAGGACCUUGAGUUUGUGCAGUUCCAUCCCACUGGUAUCUAUGGUGCCGGGUGCCUCAUCACAGAGGGUUGCCGUGGUGAGGGCGGAAUCCUGAUCAACAGCGAGGGCGAGCGCUUCAUGGAGCGUUAUGCUCCCAACGCCAAAGACCUGGCCUCCAGGGACGUCGUCUCCCGCUCCAUGACCAUCGAGAUCCGGGAGGGAAGGGGUGUUGGUCCAGAGAAGGACCACGUCUACCUGCAGCUCCACCACCUCCCCCCUCAGCAGCUGGCCACCCGUCUGCCCGGCAUCUCCGAGACGGCCAUGAUCUUCGCCGGCGUGGACGUCACCAAAGAGCCCAUCCCGGUCCUGCCUACCGUUCACUACAACAUGGGCGGCAUCCCCACCAACUACAAGGGACAGGUGAUCACCUAUAAGGAUGGGCAAGAUCAGGUGGUUCCUGGGCUUUACGCCUGCGGAGAGGCCGGCUGUGCAUCUGUGCACGGUGCCAACCGCCUGGGCGCCAACUCCCUGCUGGAUCUGGUGGUGUUUGGCCGCGCUUGCGCCCUGACUAUUGCCGAAGAAUGCAAACCAGGAGAGAAGCUGGCACCGCUGAAAUCUAACGCGGGUGAGGAGUCCGUGGCCAACUUGGACAAGAUCCGCUUUGCUAACGGCAGCACCAGAACCUCGGAGAUCAGGAUGACCAUGCAGAAGACCAUGCAGAGUCACGCCGCUGUCUUCCGCACGGGAGACGUGCUCAAGGAGGGCUGUGACAAGAUGGACGCCCUCUACCAGACCUUGGACAACAUCAAGACAUUCGACAGAGGCAUUGUGUGGAACACUGACCUGGUGGAGACACUGGAGCUGCAGAACCUGAUGCUGAACGCUGUUCAGACCAUCCACUCUGCCGAGGCCAGGAAGGAGAGCAGGGGAGCGCACGCCAGAGAGGACUUCAAGGAUCGUGUGGAUGAGUUUGACUACUCCAAACCCCUGGAGGGCCAGCAGAAGAAGCCUUUUGAUGAGCACUGGAGGAAGCACACUCUGUCUUAUGUGGACCCCAAGACAGGAAAGGUCACCUUGGAGUACAGGCCCGUAAUUGAUGACACGCUGAAUGGGGAGGACUGCGCUGCCAUUCCCCCCGCGAUUCGCUCUUACUGAGCUCACAUGUGUCCUCCGUCCACCUCACACUCGCGUACUUAACGAUGGUAAUAUGUGCUAUUUCAAUUUAUUCCAGUUAUAAAAGCCCAUCUGAACAAGGCUAUCAUAAAGCACAGGCAGACAGCCAGUGUUGUCUACAUAGUAUAAUCAACGUUAGGAAGCUAUUAAACAGUCCUGUGUAACUGAAGUGAAUUGUGAAGAACAAACUGUUGUGUAUAUUAUAAAAGAUACAUCACAUUUUGCUUAAGUCCUUGCAGGCAAAUAAAGAAAAAAAUAUUUAAUAUUUAAAUAUUGAAUAAUUCUGUGGAAAAUUUCUUGUGUCAGUUGUUGCUUUGGGAAUUUGGGCACACUGCCCCUGUGAUGCCCCUGUGAUGCCAUAUAGUCCAUUUCACAUAGAAUUCACUUUAAGCCUUUUCAUUUAAAAGAGAAAAGCAAAAAGAAAACAAAAAAAAACAUCCACACAUUUUCAUUUGAAUGUAAAGUGUUCUUCAUCUUAUAUGCAUGGUGUUUUAUAGGCUUGAUUUCUGCUCAAUAAAGAAUUUCUUUUGACCUGAUCA